AUGGCCACAAUUGGGAAAGCUUUGACGGAGGCUUUCUACGGCACCCCCCCAAAGUACGCGUACUUUUACGGCGGAUCAACUGGCGGAAGACAGGCUUACAUGCUAGCCCAGCGCUAUCCAGAUGACUUCGAUGGGAUUUUAGGAUUCUGUCCUGCCAUCAACUGGGAUGGGUUCCAAUGGUCUCCUUUGUGGGCUCACAGAGUCAUGGAUAAGAAGGGCGUCUACCCGCGACCUUGCGAGUUCGAAGCCAUCACAGCUGCGGCCAUGAAAGCAUGCGACGGGCUUGAUGGAGUCGAGGAUGGAAUUGUCUCUAUGCCCUCUCGGUGCUUCUUCAAUGCCAGUACCCUCGUCGGCCAACCUUUCAACUGUGGAGGGAAAGACGCGUUGUUCACUCUUGAAGCAGCAGAGGCAGCAAAUGCUGCCUGGAAUGGACCACGAAGCGUUAGCGGCGAGUUUCAAUGGUAUGGAUACGGGAGAGACGCAAAAAUGUGGCAAUUUGGUGCUCUCCAUACAUCAUGUGAGGGCGAAGGAGCGAAAUGCGCGCCGGUCAGGUUGUCCAUCGCCGAGUCAUACGCGCGAUACUUUGUUGCCAAAAAAGCCAACCUCGAUCUUCAAGCCCUUGGCCACAGUCAGUGGGACGAUCUUUUCGUCGCGUCACGAAACGAGUACGAAUCAAUCACCGGCACUUCCGAUCCCGACUUGAGCAGGUUCCGCAAGGCUGGAGGCAAACUGCUCAGCUGGCAUGGGAUGGCCGACCAGAUUAUUCCAGUCAACGGUACGGUCGAUUACACAAACAGAGUUCUCAAGAAGGACCCUAAAGCCCACGACUACUUUCGCAUGUUUCUCGCUCCGGGCGCUGAUCAUAGUAUUUCGAAUGGCCUCGCUCCGCGGAACACGUUGUCCGCGCUGAUUGACUGGGUUGAGAAGGGAAUCGCACCGAUCACAUUGCGGGUUGAGGGGCUCAACGCUUAUGGCAAGCACAUGACGAGAGAUAUCUGCAUGUACCCCAAAGUUCAGCACUACGUGGGUGGGGACCCAGCAUCGUCGACAUCAUUCGCUUGCGUCUAA